GUUGGUCUCAUCAAAUGUCUACCACCGGCCAUUCCUUUUCCUUUUCCGCGUAGACGAUGGCGGGUGAAUUUGACCUUGUUAGUUAAGAUGAUGUUAUGACAAGGAAUUGUUCAUUGGUUGCUGUGCUGCGGGCUGUGAGCUGUGGGCUACAAUGGAGUACAAAGUGACACACCUACUACCUAUCACCAGAGGCAAAGUGUAGACGGGUAUAAAGACUUACAGCCUCCAGUCCCCUUAUUCACCUCCGCUUGUCUUUGUCCCUUUUAAACACUGUCUGACUCUGGCUUUUAAACGCACAAAACCCCUGAGCAAAUAAGUACAUAAACGGUUCCCUCAGUAGUUUCCAAAUAAAUUCCCAAGCUACACCUUCCUUCGGAGACCACAGCAUCAAGAAGCUACCUAAGAUACGCGAACCACAAAUUCUGACCAGACUCGAACAACCGAAUCUCUAUCAUAAUUUGCUAUCACAUUCUCACAACCCGACAAAAUGCGUGUGUCUAAUAUUAUCUCGCUCUCUGCCAUUGGUGCAUCAGGCGUCCUAGCCCAAGUCAAUGUCACCGGCCAACUAGGUGAUGCCGCUGUAACUACUGGCAACCCUAUCGGAAAAACAGCCGUUGCUACAUUACCAGAACAGCCAUUCUGGAAAGGAAGCCUGAAUGGUAAUGUAAGGGGUUCCGUCGUGGCCAAGUCCGGUGCAAACGGCGAAGGUGUCGACUAUGAAAUAUCAUUCUCGAACUUGCCUCAGGAGGGUGGACCGUUUAUCUACCACAUCCACGUCGCUCCUGUCCCAGAAGACGGCAACUGUACCAGCACGCUCGCGCAUCUUGACCAAUAUAUUCGAGGCGAAGACCCCGCUUGCGACUCAACACGUCCGGCGUCGUGCCAACAGGGAGACCUAAGCGGGAAAUAUGGAAAGAUCCAAAGCUCAGAGUCAUCAUUUAGUGCCAAGUAUCACGACCCGUACACGUCCUUGAGCGAGGGCGUCGGUUCGUACUUCGGCAACCGAAGUCUUGUAUUCCACUUCGCAAACAAGACUCGUAUCACAUGCGCAAACUUCUCCGUGCUCGGCUCGAACACCACCGUACCGUACCCUACCGGCACCGGCAGCGUCACCACGACCACACCCACACCUACUGCCUCGCCGAGUAUCCCUAUCACUAACGCAGGCAGCGUACUGGACGUCGUUAAGAACCUAGCGAUCGCGCCUGUUGUUGCAGGCUUCCUUGCUCUGCUAUAAGACACAACAAGCGUAUUAGAGUCAAUCAGUUAUUAUUAACCGAGGUUCACUUCAGAGUCGACCCCAGUUGAAAGUUAAUUUGCAUGGGUCGGCGUUACGGGGAUGCUGGUUGACUUUUGAAAACUACCUAGGUACCUAAUCACUAAUGGGAUGAGGAUAAUCUCAUUAUACGCGUAUGAUGUUCACGGCCGGCGAGAAAACAUUCUAUAGUAAAUAUUACUUAGUCUAACAAUA